CUGGCAGUGGGCGGGCGGGGCGGGCGAGGUCCCGGAAACGCUUCACGGCCCUGUCUAGUGCGCUGACCCGCCCCUUCCCACACUCUCUCCCCCCCCCCCGUUCGGUCUGCACUCUGCCGGUACCACCCGGAGACGCCCCCCUCGCCUCACGCAGACGGAAAAGGGGGGGGAGUUGUCCCACUCCACACACACACAAACACACCCCGGAAGCGACGGGGGGCUUGGCCUCCUCUGCUGCCCCCAACGCCCAGGGGCCGGAUGGGAGGGGAGCGAGAGAUGGUGCUGCUGGAACCGGCCCCCCCGCGAGCGAAGAUGCCAAAAGCAUCAGAAGAGCAUAGCCACUGGGAAGCCCGUUGACUGCUAUUUUCUUAGAGUCUUGAGACUAACAUCAGUCUGACAUGGCACAGAGCAGCCAGCAACUCGACAUGCAGGUACUCCAUGACCUCCGGCAACAUUUCCCUGAGAUCCCAGAGAGUGUGGUGUCACAGUGCAUGCUCCAGAACAACAACAACCUUGAUGCUUGUUGUCGAGCUCUUGCACAGGAGAGUAAUAAAUACCUAUACAUGGAGUACCACCCAGAUGACACUCGUUUGAACAGGAAUCGCCAUCUGCAUAUUAACCUCGGCAUCCAUCCUCACACCAGCUAUCACGGAGGGGAUGGAGCGCAACUUAAUGGUGGUCGUACACUGGUACAUAGUUCAAGUGAUGGACAUAUUGAUCCACAACGCACAGCAGGUAAACAACUGAUAUGCUUAGUUCAAGAACCACACUCUGCUCCAGCUGUUGUGGCAGCUUCUCCCAACUACAAUCCAUUUUUUAUGAAUGACCAGAAUAGAAACGCAGCUACUCCUCCUUUGCAACCACCUCAACAACCUUCUUCCAUACAACCUGGAAUGAAUACAUCUGCUAUGCAAGGCCCGCCUCCUCCUGCGUAUAUGCACAUACCUCGGUAUAGCACAAAUCCUAUAACUGUUACAGUGUCGCAGAAUCUCCCAUCUGGACAGACUGUACCCAGAGCUUUACAAAUUAUUCCUCCAAUUCCAAGCAAUCCUUAUGGGAAUCCUGGAUCUCUCUAUAUUAGGCAGACAUCUCAAAGUUCUUCAGGACGACAGACUCCUACACAAAGUGCACAGUGGCAUUCAUCACCACAAGGCCCAGUGCCCCAUUAUAGUCCACAUCCACUGCCUGUUUAUCCACACCAACAAAACUAUCAACCCUCUCAGUAUUCUCCAAAACAGCCCCAGAUUCCUCAGUCACCUUUUCAGUCGCCACCUGCUUCUCAGUGUCCUUCUCCUUUUGGCUCUCCUCAGCAUCAAGUUCAGCCUACCCCGUUGGGCCAUCAAAGUUCCCAUGUGUUUAUGCCUCCUAGUCCUUCAACUGUGCUACCCCAUUCAUAUCAACAAACGCCCCAAACAUAUCAAAAACCAAGUGGACACUCAGUAUCUUACCUUCCAUAUGGUGGACCUAGCUUAUCCAAAAGCUCCAUGAACAAGAUAGAAAUUACCGUUGAGCCACCACAAAGACCUGGGACUACAAUGAAUAGGAGCCCUUCACCUAUAAGUAACCCACCUUCCCAACGGAAUCAGCACCCACUGUACGCACCUGCUACUCCUCCUUCAAGUUCUCCUUCCAGAAGUAUGUCAAGUCAGCCCAAACCUCCUUAUAGUGUUAAUCCUUUAUAUAUAACAUAUACACAGCCAGCUGGACCUACGGGUGUGCUUACUCAGUCACCUCGGGUCAUGGUAUCUCAGCCAAAUCCAGCAGUUUUUAAAAUCACCGUAGGCAGAGCACCAGCUGAGAACCUUUUAAAUUUAGUGGACCAAGAAGAGCAUUCUGCAGCACCAGAACCAAUUCAGCCUAUUUCAGUUGUACCAGGAUCUGGAUGUGAAAGAGGAAGCCAUAAGUAUCAGAGGAGCUCCAGUUCUGGAUCCGAUGACUAUGCUUAUACUCAAGCCUUGUUGUUACACCAACGUGCAAGGAUGGAGAGGCUAGCAAAGGAACUGAAGUUUGAAAAUGAGGAACUUGAAAAGCUCAAAGCUGAAGUGAAUGGCAUGGAACACGAUCUUAUGCAAAGGCGUCUGAGAAGAGUAAGCUGCACAACCUCAAUCCCAACACCUGAGGAGAUGACCAGAUUGAGAAGCAAGAACAGGCAGCUCCAGAUAAACGUUGACUGUACACAGAAAGAAAUAGAUCUCCUUCAGUCUAGAGGGAACUUUGACCCAAAAGCCAUGACUAACUUUUAUGAUCAUAUAGAGCCUGGUCCUGUUGUGCCACCAAAGCCAUGUAAAAAAGAUCAUCAGAGAAGUUCCAAGCAAGCUCCACGAUCACAGCCAAGAGACGAAGACUUUGAAGGAGCUCCGUGGAAUUGUAAGAGCUGUACUUUUUUAAACCACCCAGCAAUGAAUCGCUGUGAGCAAUGUGAAAUGCCGCGGUAUGCCUGAAUCCAUAAAGGUCUGCUUUGGAUUAAAAACAGGCUCUUGAGGACACAGCCAUAGGAGACGGAUAUAUGAGACACCUUUCAGUCAUCUGCCAGGCGUUUGCCAGCCAAUUAUUUCAAAUUAUAAGGGAGAGAUCCCCCUUCCAUUCAUGCUGCACUAAAUAUUAGUUUGGGGAAAAUACUCCUAUCCCACUGCGUUGAGCAAGACUGAAAGGAUACCCAAAAUGGAUUGCCUCGGUGAAGAAUGUAUAAGGAUUCAGAUGAUUGCUGCUGUUCUAGCCCCUAUAAUUACAUUUGCUGGAUAGUAGCCCUUAUAUAUAUAUAUUUUUAUAAGCAUAGAACUAUUACUUUGUGGUGUGAAGUGUUACAGGUAUCCAGACAAACUGUGAAGAACCAGAUAUGAUAAUCUGGCCACAGCCGUUUGGAAAACAAAGACUCCCUAUGUUUCCAGAUUGUAAACUACUGAAAAAGAAGGAAGGUGUUUUUCUUUUUUGGGGGGGGGGGGGGUUUGAGCAAAAAAAGUAAAAAAAUAAGGAUAUUUGUAAAUGCUGCUUUUUCAGGGUAAUUUAAUUCUACACAAAUGCUGUUUUGAAAUUGUGGAUCAUGGUGAGGAGGGAGACGUACUGUAUGAGCCUUAUUUAUAGAGUACAAUCAGAGGUAUUUUACAAUCCCUUUUGCUUGUACAGCGCUCACCAAGUCAUGUUAACACUGGUAAUUAAGUAAUUAUAUCAUAUUACAGAGGAAAAAAAUAGUGCUGCAUGCUUUUAUUAGGCCAUUGUGUUUUAAAGCUAAAAGUAAAUUAUGCUUUUAUAAACAACGUUCCCUUAAAACUGUGCUUGAUGACAGUAGAGUGGACGUAUGCCAAAUGCAGAACUAUUCCAAAUUCUUUUUGGAAGACUUGAGCUCAGCCAUUGUUAUGUAUGAGAAGUGUUUGCACCCUUUUCCUUAGGCCUUUUCAGCUUCCAAUUAUGUGAAGAAUUCAUUAUGUUUACAGCACAGAAGGUACUUUGUGCCCCCAUUCUGAUUUAGCUGAAAAACAGUAAUCAAUAUUAGCUCUUCAAUAAAGGUUUAUUUGCACACUGUCAAUAAACCAGUCUGUAUUAAUUAGUAAGAGCAGCAGAUCUUUAAAUGCAGUUUUUAAUAAAAAUUGGGCAGUUAAUAGGCAUAAACAAAACAAAACAAAGUGGAAUUGUACUGGUACGUUUAUGCAUCUGAUUAUUAUAAAGAGGAUGUUUGAUUUGUUAGAGUGCUAGGUUGCUGAAAUAAAGCACUCCUUUGUGAAGGUUUCUUGGUUUUGAAGUUGAGUCAUUCUAUAAUAAAACUGUUCAAGAACAGUCA